AUGGCAGGGCUUUUACAAGGCACGUUGCCUUUGGCGUCGGUCAUCGCCUUGAUCUUGUCGUGGAUCGGAGUGGCUCUUUUCGGCCUGAAGAUGUACGAGGGCAUCGAGGCGAUGGAGAAGGUUUCAUCCGAGCUGUUCACUUUCCUCUUACCGUGGCUGAGGAAGGUCAGAAUGAUUCUGGUGUGUCUCUCGGCGCUGAUGAUCUUCUGCACAUUGGCCAUGUGCGUCUGCGGCUAUUUCGCCACUCGCCACCUCGAAUACUCAUACCACGGCCGCAGUUCACCGUGCCUAUGCUCAAAAAUCGGCAGUCGCGCGAUGUGCGGCACGUUCUGGGUGAUCAGCUACCUCCUGAACAUCACCUGGCUGGGUAUCCUGUGCGUAGUCGUCGUGCUCAUCUCCACCUACGUCGUGUUCGCCAACAUCUGCCUUCCGCAGAGCGGCACCGAGUCCCAGAUGUGCUUCAACUUCUCGAUAGUGUCGCUUUUUCUCGCCAACGGCAACCCAAAAGGCGCCGUUAGCCUCAUCCUCUGCGGCAUGCCGAUCAGUCACUUCUGCCAGCUGACCCGAGUCUUCUCUCCGUGGUACUGGAGUGCCUUCGUCGGCUGUUUCGCCGUCCUGCUUGGCCUGUCGCACUUCAAUGGCAGUUUGGCCGCCAACUUCGCUCACAUUAAGCAUGCCCAUCGGUACCGGAAGUUCAACAUUUGUCCGGACGAUGAGCCCUGCGAAGGAUCCCCACCCGACAGCCGGUCCCGGAAGUUGAUCCUCGUCGAAAAUGAUUCCCCAUUUCCUCUCGCUGGCCUGAAGCCGGCGAACGGUCAUAAGUUUUUGUAA